AUGUUUAUAGAGGUAGCUCAGGGCAUUCGACACAUUUCAGUCUGUUUGUCUGUACAAAAGGACUCCGUGUUGUUCAUGGUGUUUUUGGGAUUGGGCAUUCUUAUGUGUGCGGUGAAUCGGUUGUUCCUCAAUGCGGAAAAAUUUCUUGUGUCCAGAGAUUGGGUAGUUGUGAUCAGCGACGAUGACACGCUCUCCAGUUUAAAUGCUAUAUUAACAUCUUUGGAUCAACUUGCAAACGUGAUAUCUCCUAUCAUCACUGGGGUAAACGCAUUUCCUUUUCAAUACCUAGAACAUGGGGACAUAAAAGCGUGAGC